UGCAGGUCGGUGGCGCCACCCAGGAAGCUCCGGCGUGACACAUCUCUAUCAGCUGUUCUUGAACAUCGGACAAGGAAGCGUCAAGGACUGGGUCCUGGAACAGAAACGGAGAUCUAUUCCGAACUCUCUGCCUUUUGUGAAACAAGGCAGGUUUCAUGACAGUGGACGUGCCGGCUAGAUUUCUCGUGGCAUGGUGAAGGGUUUUGCACGUUUUUUGGCUUGUGACCUUCUGAGAAGGAAUACUUCGGUGAGAUCCAGCUUUUACCACUCCAAGGGAAAAAUGUCUGAGAAGACGGUUCAAGCCCGGAGGCUGGAAGGCGUGGACGAGAAUAUUUGGGUGGAGUUUGUGAGCUUGACCGCCGCCUACAAAGCUGUCAACCUCGGCCAAGGUUUCCCCAACUUUCCCCCGCCGGAUUUUGUCAGAGAAGCCUUUAUGGAGGCCGUCGGGAGAGAAGAUACCUCUGUGCACCAGUACACGCGGGCUUUUGGUCACCCGCGACUGGUAUCCAUCCUGGCCCGUUUUUUCGGGAAGCUGCAUAGGCGAGAGGUUGACCCACAGACGAACGUCCUGGUGACGGUCGGCGCCUACCAAGCGCUCUUUUGCUGCUUCCAAGCUCUGGUGGAUGAUGGAGACGAGGUGAUUAUAAUCGAGCCGUACUUCGAUUGCUACGAGCCGAUGGUGAAAAUGGCGGGCGGGACCCCUGUGUUCAUACCUCUGCGACUAAAGGCUGCAGCCGGCGGAAAGCUGAUCUCUAGCGGAGACUGGCGGCUGGAUCCGACCGAGCUGGAGGCCAAAUUCACGAGCCGGACGAAAGCCAUUGUCUUGAACUCUCCUAACAAUCCCCUAGGAAAGGUUUUCAGCAGGCAGGAGAUGGAGGUCAUCGCGGCUCUGUGUGCGAAACACGACGUCCUGUGUUUCAGCGAUGAGGUCUACGAGUGGCUCGUGUAUGAUGGGAACCGACACACCCGGAUUGCCAGUUUACCAGGAAUGUGGGAGCGGACCGUGACCAUAGGCAGUGCCGGCAAAACCUUCAGCGCGACAGGAUGGAAGGUUGGAUGGGCCAUCGGGCCCGAUCGCCUUUUGAAGCACCUCCGGACCGUCCAUCAGAAUUCGGUAUAUCAUUGCGCCACCGCGGCACAGGAAGCCGUAGCCCGUGCCUUCGAAAUAGAAUUUGACCGCUUCGGGCAGCCAGGGAGCUACUUCGUUCAGCUGCCUCGGGAGCUCCAGAAGAAGCGAGACCUCCUCAUCCAGCAUCUCUUGGCCGCGGGCAUGAAGCCCAUCGUCCCCGAGGGCACUUACUUCUUGAUGGCCGACCUUUCCGCUUUCAAAGCCGACCUGCCUGAUCCACCGCCCGAUUCGGACGAGCCCUACGACUCUCGCUUUGUCAAAUGGAUGAUCCAGAACAAGGGCUUAGCGGCCAUUCCCGUCUCUGCGUUCUACAGCUCCCCCCAGAAAAAGAACUUCAGCCAUCUCAUACGCUUCUGUUUUGCUAAGGAGGAGGCUACUCUCGAAGCUGCGGGGGACAUCUUGCAACAGUGGAGUCAGCCCAAACCCAGCCCGUAAUAAGGAAGGGGAACUUCAGCCGCAGAGUCUGCUGGUGUUCCCCAGGACAUGGUCACCGGCCAAUCGGCGCUGUCAGCCGGGAAGCCAUUUCAACCCUUCAAGGGCCUGAACCAUUCACUCCUUUCUAUCCUGUUGUGCAGGAAUGACUAAAGUCUUUUGUAUGGUGGUGUUGGGGGGGG